GUACAUCGACUUGCACUGAAAUUUGGCCCUCCUCAGAACGCACCGCCCCUGCUCCACCUUCUUUCACCGCUGCUCUACAAUAGGUUGCCGCUGCUUCAGCUUCUAUUCCAUGGAUUUGUAGUUGGUACGACUUGCUCUAUCUCCGUCGCCCAAGACUCAGAUUUAGUACGAUUUGUUGCAUCUCCAUCGCCCAAGACCACGAUUUAGCGCCGAUUAGCUACGCACAACCAUCCGCCGCUGCUCCACCGUCUUUCACCGCUGCUCCACCCUCUUUCACCGCUUCUCCACCAUAUGUUGCUGGUAAUUCAGCUUCUCUUCCAAGUUCCAUGGACGCUCGUUGCUUGAAUUUUAGUACGAGUUGUUCUGUCCCCUUCGCCCAAGCUCGUUCCUGGAAAUGGCUUCUCAAAUGCUUCAGAGCAAAUAAUGAGACCUUUAUUGCUUGUUCGUUGAAGCUGAACUAGCUUCAGACCAGAUAAUGAGUCCUUUGAGGAUGGUUUUACUGAGAAAGUUGUAAACCCAAUGAAGAGCCUCGAUCUCUACGAGUCUCGGGGUUGUCCAAUUAUGCUCUCCAAGUAGCUCAACAGGUUUGGAAGUUGAUGAAGUGGAGCUUUUCUUUUACAGCAGACUCCAAUUUUGUGGACUGGAUAACUGGAUAGAAUCUAUUUUUUCCAGCCAUGAUGAUGAGUUUUGCAGCACUUUCAUCAUGCUUUUAUGGGGUUUGUGGAGAGCAAGAUGUGAUAGAACCUGGAAGCAAGUUUAUACACCACCAGGAAGCAUUAUUGCAGGAGCUUUGGCAUUUCUGGACGGGUGGCAGCGAGCUCAACAACGGACAGGGGUAUUGCAGCAGCAACUUAAGUCCCCGACAAACUGGUUGCAACCUGCGGAAGGUCGAAUUAAAGUGAAUACCGAUGCAGCUAUUAAAAAUGGGACGGGAAGCGUUGGAUUAGGAUGAAUAGCAAGGAACCGGGAAGGUUUAUUCUUUGCGGGGAUGCUAUAAACCGUGUGGGAGAAUGUUUACCUUGUGAAGCGGAGGCAUUGGCAAUAAGGGAAGCUCUUAGCUGGAUUAAAACGGCUGGUUGGUCAAAUGUUGAUGUUGAAUCGGAUGCACUCCAACUUACAAGGGCUAUUCAAAGCAAGGGAAACAAGUCAGCUUUCGGUAUUAUUGUUGAUGAUAUUAACGAGAUAUCAGCCAGUAUUACUGGCAUAGAGUUUUCUCAUGUGAAACGAUCAGCGAACCGGGCAGCCCAUGAUUUGGCUAAGGCGGCCGGUUCUAUGUCUGGUCGUUGUGUUUGGAUUGAUGUUCCCCUGAUUGUAUUGUUUCCUCCUUGAACCAUGAUUUUAUUAAUAUAUAUAAGUUAGCCU